UUCUUGCGGCGCGAAGCGAGCGAAGCGGGGCGCCGGAGGGCCUCGUCGGCGCGCGGAGUUUGGAUUUAGGUUGGCGCGGCGUGAGCCUGAGUGAGAUCAUGGCUGCUGUUCCUCUGAACAAUCUACAGGAGCAACUGCAGCGCCACUCAGCCAGAAAACUUAAUAAUAAAUUGAAUCUUACAAAACCCAAAUCUUCAGGUUUUACUUUUAAAAAGAAAACAUCAGAGGGCGAUGUGUCUGUAACCAGUGUGUCAGUGGUAAAAACCCCCGCGCUAAGUGAUAAAGAUGUGAAUGUGUCUGAGGCCUUUCCAGUCACGGAGCCUCUGCUGCACACACCAAAGCAGCAGCCUGGGACUGGUGACUCCUUCAAAAACUCCCCAGGAGGACAGCAAACCAAGGGGCCCUGUCCUGAACCGCCACUGCUGGACUUGGCACAGACUCCUCAGGAAGUCUCAGCUAUAAAAACCCCAGCUGUAAAGAAACCCCACAUUGCUGUUUUCAAGAAAUUAGAAUUUAGUUCUUCACCAGAGUCCCUCAAUGACUGGGCUGAUAUGGAUGACUUUGAUAUUUCAGCAUCCGAUGCAUUUGUUUCUCGGACCAAAAAUCCUGCCGUAAGAGCAAGCACCGCUCAGAAAUCAAAAAAGACUAAGAGAAACUUUUUUAAACCACUAUCUCAUAAAGCAAGUACAGUAAAGGCUUAUUUGACACCUUCCCCGGAAAACCCACAAGUGGAUUUAACCAAGGACCAGAAGGAUGAGUCAGAAUGCCUGAGCAGUGAUGUGAUUGUCAUCGACAAUGACCCUUGUUCUGAAGAGCUCAUGAAGAAAGAUACUCAGGAAAGUCAGUCUUUGGAAGCUCAUUUGGGAGCUGAAAAAGAUAAUAGUGAAAAGAAGAAUCACGUAGACGAAGUUCAUUUACAGUCAACUGAGAAACCUCUAUACUUUCAACUUGAUGAUGAUGACUAUGAUAUAGAUUUUGUUCCACCUUCUCCCGAAGAAGAAAUUAUUUCUACAGCUUCUUCCUCUUUGAAAUGUUCCAGUAUGCUAAAGGAUCUUGAUGACUUGGAUAAAGAGAAAGGCAUUCUUAGUACCUCAAAAGACCCUUUGUUGAAAUCAGAGAAAACAAAUACCCAGGAGCCUGAUCCAGGAGCCAGUACAGACUGUGACGACAAACAGAUGAGUGUACAAGAGCGACUUAUUUGUGUGAUGGAGCACAUCUGUAAACUAGUUGAUGCAGUUCCUACUGAUGAACUGAAAGCUUUGAGUUGUGGGGAUGAGCUGCUUCAACAACUGAACCUAAGAAGGAAGCUCUUGGCUGAAGCUGAUUUUAACGGAAAGGGUGUCAGUAUUCUGGGUUCACUGUGGAGAUGCAGGCCUGAAUCACCUGGUAACACUGCACAGGGCGAUCCCUGCCCUGUGGGGCGUCCUACUAAGGAGUGCAGUUCUUCAUCCUUUCCUUCACAUUCCCUUUCCACCAAGGAAUGUUUACCAACCACCACUCCAGGAAAGACAGGGUUCUUAGCCACCACGAAGGACCUCCUUGAAAGGCCGUUAUUGAAUUCCCAUUUACAGAAGUCCUUUGUAAGUAGCAACUGGGCUGAAACACUAAGGACAGAAGAAAGAAAUGAAAGCUCUUAUUUCCCGGGAAAUGUUCUCACCAGCACCACUGUGAAAGAUCAGAACAAACACGCUGCCUUGGGAAAUAACUUAGAGAGAGACGUCGAGGCUUCCUUUGAUAUUGAUAACUUUAACAUUGAUGACUUUGAUGAUGAUGAUGAUGAUGACUGGGAAAACAUAAUGCACAGUAUUUCCGCCAGCAAGCCCUCCACAGCUGCCUACCCACCUAUCAAGGAAGGUAGGCCAGUUAAAUCUCUGUCAGAGAGGAUUUCCUCAGCCAAGACACAGUCUCUUCUAGUGGCAUCAACUGCUCAGAAGAGUUACACUGAUAAGAUGGAACAAAAUUUAUCAUCAAAAAAUCUGAAACAUGAACAUUUCCAAAGUCUUAAUUUUCCUCAUACAAAAGAAAUGAUGAAGAUUUUUCAUAAGAAAUUUGGCUUACAUAAUUUUAGAACUAAUCAGCUAGAGGCGAUCAAUGCUGCACUGCUUGGUGAAGAUUGUUUUAUCCUAAUGCCCACUGGAGGUGGUAAGAGCUUGUGCUACCAGCUGCCUGCCUGUGUUUCUCCUGGAGUCACUAUUGUCAUUUCUCCCUUGAGAUCACUAAUAGUAGAUCAAGUCCAAAAGCUGACUUCCUUUGAUAUUCCUGCUACAUAUCUGACAGGGGAUAAGACUGACUCAGAAGCUGCAAAUAUUUACCUCCAGUUAUCAAAAAAAGACCCAAUUAUCAAGCUCUUGUAUGUCACACCAGAGAAGUUUGUUCUGAACAUUUGAGAGUGUGUUCAGGCCUACCGUUUCGACCCUAAUGACUUGAGUGUGCGUCUCCUGACCAUCUAGCUUCCCUUAGUGAUUUCCUCAGGAAAUGUGCAGCGGCUCAUACUGUUCCUUACCCUGUUAACCUUACGGUAAGGACCUUUCUAAAAGAGAAUUUUCUUUUCUCUAAACGGUUUUAUGGGUUUGACAGUUUAGAAGCCUGUGGGCCAGUUUGGAAGACUGUACCUCAACUUGAGUUUGUCUUGUUUCUUGCUGAUUAGAUUCAGGGCUGUGGCAGAUGUGGUGGCCUGUUCCCACAAGAGCUAUCAGAAGACGCUGGUAUUGACUCAUCCGAUUACCAGUGAUGUUCGUUAACCAGUCACUUGAUUAAAAUAGUACUGCGGCUGUUUCUCCUUCGUACUUUUUUGUUCCCCUUGUAUCUUUGGAGUUAGUAGAAACCCAGUGGUAGGAGUUCCCGGGACUGUAGAGCUACCCUGUCAGACAGCAGAGUCCCCAACAAGUUUUAAUUUCCAUUAAUGAUUCGUUCCCAGUUAUUACUUUAAUGAAUGCCAAGUUCUGAUUUUACUAAUAUAGCCCAUCCUGGCAUAAUGAGAGUUAAGUGUUUAUCAGUGUGAACUUGUGGAUUGUUUAUUUAGUAAGUUUCAAUCAGUUACCACUAUGUAUUUUGAUGUUCCAAUUGCCUAGAUUUGACGGUGAGGAAAUGUCAUCAACUUGGCUUGUGUCCUUUACAUAUGUCCCUGUCAAGACAUGCUUGGGAUGUCAUUGCUUACAGACAAAGCUAGAGUGCAAGCAUGUAACUCUCUAUAUGUGUAAUACAUAGAGUUUCCCCAAAUAGCACACACAUACCAAACACACAUCUCAAAUACUGUUAUCAAGCUGGCAGGGUGGCCCAGUGGGUAAGUGUGCUGGCCGUAUAAUCCAAUGACUUGAGUUUGAUCUUGGGGACCUACAUGAUGGAACCAAACACAUUAAGUCUUCUGACCUACACACAUGUACACGCACCCACUCCACACAUGCACACACAUAAAAUAAAUAAGUGUAAAAAAAUUAAGUUCCAUUACCAAAGUAAAUAAAUAUAUAGUUACCUUCAGAUACGCUGAGGCAGACAAAAGUUUGAGCCACUAACCUGUAAGUAAAACUGUUGAAUGUGAGUAAGCAUACUAAAAUGUCCCCUUUGCUAUUUACUUCUGUUCUCUUCAUAGAUAAGGGCUAGUUUAAUAGGGUGUGCUUGUAUGGUGGUGACAGUGUCAUUCAGAUGCGCAUUCAGAACUCUCCCAUGUCUCUGAUCCAGGUCUGUGCAAGUAACAGGCUGAUUUCCACUCUGGAGAAUCUGUAUGAGCAGAAGCGUCGGGGGCGGGGCUGGAGACAGCGCCUGCUCCUGGGAAAGAGGCUCA